GUCACACUUUGACUGGCUGUGGAAGGGGUGUGGGAAGAAAUGUAAUGCAAGAAAUUUGGGGAUUUUACUUAAUUUCGAGGGGAAACAUAUUAUAUAUAUCCCACACAGUCGUGCACUUUUACGCACUUGGAGAGUUCCUCGGGAAUCCGGCCGAUAUAAAAACUUUUUAUCCGCCAACAAUGACAGAAGAGAACAUGUCCUUGACGGACCAUCCACGCAGUCCAGUGGGCAGCGACAGCUCGAUGUCCCAGCAUCGUUCGGAUUCAGAGUCCCCGACCUCUCCAGCAGUGUCCGACGCACAGGACGCAGCUCGCCCGCCCGGGAUUACGCACAAACCGGAGAGCAGCGUGGAGAAUGAUCGCUUCCCCGCCUGCAUCCGAGACGCGGUGUCUCACGUGCUGAAAGGUUACGACUGGUCGCUGGUACCGAUGCCCUCUCAAGGGGAGAGAGGGCUGAAGAGCAAACCUCAUGUGAAACGGCCGAUGAACGCGUUCAUGGUUUGGGCGCAGGCAGCGCGGAAGAAGCUGGCUGACCAGUAUCCUCAUCUACACAACGCUGAGCUCAGCAAGACUCUGGGCAAACUGUGGCGACUUCUCUCUGAAACAGAGAAACGUCCCUUCAUUGAGGAGGCAGAGAGACUGAGGCUGCAGCACAAGAAAGACUACCCAGACUACAAGUACCAGCCUCGGAGACGUAAGAGCUCCAAACCGGGACAGGGGGACUGUAGACCCAGACUGGUCCAGCAGCAGCAUCAGCAGGGCUUGUACAAGACAGAACCAGGGGAAGGGCACCAUCAUCCAGACAGGACAGGUCAGUCUCAUGGACCUCCAACGCCUCCCACUACCCCUAAAACCGAACUUCACAUGGGGAACAAACAUGGGGGCCACCUCCCUGCAGACAGCAGCACCGGCUCUGCUCCUCCCGCCAGCCGCCAGAACAUUGACUUCAGCAACGUGGACAUCUCAGAGCUCAGCACUGAUGUCAUCAGCGCCAUAGACGUAUUUGAUGUCCACGAGUUUGACCAGUACCUCCCUCCCAACAGCCACGGCUCCACUGUUCUGACCCCACCUGAUACCAGCCACGGACAUAAUAACCCUUCUGGAUCCUUCAUCCUACCCAGCAUCCAUUCUCACUCCCACAGCAUUUCCACUUGGACCCCCAAAAGUGGGACUUCCCCUGGAAUGCCACCAUCCUCUUCCAGUUGUGACAGGCAUGGGCACCCCCAGGACCCCAUCCAAAGACCUCAGAUUAAAAUUGAGCAGCUGAGUCCAGGUCACUACAGCAGCUCCUCCACUCCUGAACUACCACAACAACCUGAGCACACCUCCCUCGGUUCAGGAGUCUGCCCUUUAUCCACUUCCUCCUCAACCUCCAUCAACCAAUCUGACUACACUGACCUUCAAAGCUCCAGUUUCUACAGCGCCUACUCUGGGUACCCUGCCGGUCUGUAUCAGUACCCGUACUUUCACUCCUCUCGCAGACCUUAUGCCACACCGCUUAUCAACAGCUUGGCCUUGGCACCACCUCCGCACAGUCCUCCCUCUGGCUGGGAGCAGCCUAUCUACACAACACUCACCAGGCCUUGAAGAGUCAAAAGUGUGACCCUAAUGACUACUCACACUCAGACAGUGGCCUACUUCAGUGACUUAUAAGACAAUGUUUGGAUAUUUGAUGACUUCAGAGUUAAGGUUUUGACCAGUAUGGAUUUCUGAAGGACACUGCUGAUGUUGGCCAAAGCUUCAAUGGCGUAUGUUCUGCAGCAGUAUAUUACAUUUGUUCAUUUUCAUGAAAAAUAAAAUCUUAAGAUUUACAAAUA